UGGUCCCCAAACUAAAGUGUGACCAAAAAAAACUUUAUUUAGAGGCCAAAAAGAUUGCAUGACUGGAUAUUUCUGACACUCUUGUUAAACAGCUGCAACGGAAUGUUACUGGCGUCUUACAUUGCUCUAUUUCAUAAUUAAGAUGAAAGGGUCAUGCAGCAAUGGAUGUUUGGUUUCCAUGAAUGAGCAAUUGAUUUGAUUAACCAUCUCAGUAAUUUUAAUCUUGAUGAUCACUGUUAGCCCACAAAGGCAUAUCAUCUUAAAAUGUAGCUAUAACUGGUAAAACUUUUAGUUAUGUAUAAAACUUUUGACAUCCCAACAACAAAUGGUCCUGGAAUAUGGCAGAUGACAGCUUGAUGUUUCCUCAUUGUUUAAAUAACUGGUCAUUGGUCCUCUGUUUAGCAUAAGAAAAAAAAAACAUACUUAUGGCUUCUUGUUCCAGUGAUUCACCAAUUAAUACAAAUGCAGCUCUUCACACCCAUUUACAGUGCAUCCUAGUUUAAAUAGAUUAUUAGGAGUCCCAAGUACAGAAUUUCUGGUUUCAGAUGACAAUUGUCCUGAUCCAGGAAAACCUGACACUGCUGGUGCAGCCUAUUAUCAAUACCAGAGGGGGUGGGGUUGAGAAAUGCAGAGUCAUAGGAAACUCAAUUCUGCCAGUUUAUCGUAGAUGUGUGAGAGAGGGACAUAUACACAGUCGCAGUCACUUUACAGGCGAACACACACAUGUACAUUCUGCUCAUAUUCAUUUAUGUGUCUUUCACAGUACGGGACAGUGAUGCGUGUCACUCUUGUCAACCUGUCAUUGUUAAUCGAUGUGUAUCCCAGCAGUUGUGGCACCAUGUUGCUUUCUGGAGCUGUCCUCCCUGUUGCCUCUCUAAAAACUGCAAUGCAGAAGAGGCUCCGGACCCCAAAUAACACUGCCUAACAACUUGAACCCACAUUUACUGCUCAGACAGAGAGAGAGGGGAGGAGGAGGGAGGAAAGGAGCAGAGAAGGGGUGAGAGGAAGGAAGGGAGAGACAGACUGUAAGGAGGGAAAAAGUUGAGUAUGUGCCAGAUUGUAGCCGAUUUUUUCAAAGAGAGAGAGAGAGAGAGAGGAGGCAGGGCUGCUGUUGAACAGACUAGCUGCAGUUGUCUUCAGACCUUCAGUGCUUCAAUGCUCUUCACUUCUGUUUUACCGGCUGGAUUGCGCGAGUCCCUCAAUAGGAGCGUCCAUGAGCGUGUGUGUGUGUGUGUGUGUGUGUGUGUCUGAACAGUAUCGGGACCAAAGCACUGCGGAUUUGUGUGCAGCAUAUUCUGUGGACUGAUGCCCUCUGCUUCUCCAAAUAGGACACACAGAUUUACCUGCUUAACAGAGGUCAGAGGGCAACCGAAAAACAGACCCAGAUCCUUGUGCUUCCAGGUUUCUUGAGACCUGGACAGGCCUUUGACAGAAGGAAUCUUAUGUUUGAUGUUAGGAACUGCAAGCACAGAUUGAUCUAGUGCUCAACUGCUGAGAAGUGUCCAGUAGUCUGCCACCACGCAGCAUCUUAAGGACUUCUGGGAAACUGACACCUGAACUGAACUGCUGAGAAAGAUAGGUGCACGUGACAAAAAGAAGGGAGAAGAAAGUGAAGUGGAAGAUGGAGACACAGAGCAGAGGACGUCUGAGAGGAGGAGGCGGUGGCAUGCCUUCAGAAAGAACUGCGUCCUGUCUUCUGCUCACACUCAUCUUUGGUGUGUGUUGUGUUCAUGCUCUGGAGAUGUCUACUGGUAAGGUUCCAUUUCUAGAAGCAGUGAACGGCAGCACAGUGCUUCUGCCUUGCACCUAUGCCAGCUGUAUUGGAAUCACUAACCUCUACUUCAAAUGGGAGUUCAAUGAUAAUGGCACCAUGCUGAAGCUGGCUGAUUCUGUAAUUCCAACGGAUCAUGUGGAGCCAAAUAAAGUGAAAGUUUACCAUGAGAGGGUGGUCUUUGUCGGCUCCAGUAAAGGAAAUAAUAUCUCCAUCCUACUUUGGAAUGUAACAUUUGAAGAUGCAGGUGUCUACACCUGCUUUGGAAAAAACCCCAAAGAGAAGGGCAAGAAUCACAGCGCCAUUUUCACUCUAUAUGUAGUAGAGGAAUUAAGGGUGGUUGAUAACACACUCACCAUCAUUAUUGCCUCCUGUGUUGGUGGAUUCAUUGCUUUUUUAAUGGCCUUCAUGCUGCUAAAGAACUUCACUCUGUUCGUUCUCGCAAAGAUUGAGGAAAAAAAUAAGGAGUGCCUUGUCACCUCCUCAGGGAUUGAUAACACCGAGAACGGUCUGUCGGGCUCCAAAUCUACACCAAAGAAAGCAUGACAGCGUGCAACCAAACACAGUCCCACAUGCACAUGAAAACAUGGAUCAGCCAUCAUGCAUUGCCCUCUCUUUUUAUUUACAUCUGUGUUUACAAAUGCUAUACUUAUGUUUUUAUGAUACAGACCAAUCAUAGUAUUAAACAAGAUUUUCAUUCGUAACAUUUCCAUGGAUGAUAUUCACAUGACUCAUUUAGUUGAUGCAUAAACACAGUUAUGAAAAAAAAGAGGGGCAUAAUGUAUUUCUGAAUAUAUUUCAAUUUAUAUAUGCAUUUUAAUAUGCACCACACAUGCAGCCUCACGCACUUUAUUUUCUUGGCCCACACAAUAUCUGUGGGCUGUAUUUAUUCUUAUAAUAGAAAAAUUAAAUAUUUUCUUUAACAAUGCUUGAAACAGGGACAAAUGUAGGUGUGCUAUUCAUUUAUUUCAUUGAACUGGACUGGAUAGUUGUG